ACUCUUGUGACGAAACGAAACUGUGUUGAGACAUCGUCGAUAUUCUUGUUGUGUUUGUACUUGGGGUAUUGUGUACAGUACUACUUACUAGUAGAAGUAGUACAGUCUACACUAAUACAGCGAAUGUACACUAGUCACUUUAGUUUCAGUUUUGCAUACCCGUGAUUUUUUCCUUGCAUAUUUAUCAUGAAAUCUUUUAAGUAUUGAUUAAGUUGAUUGUUUGUUUUUACCAAGGAAACAUGGUAGCUAAAAACUCAACCUGCUUUUUCUCUCUUUAUUUUUUUCCAGCAGAAGAAGAUUAAUUAAUAUUUAAAUAAAUUUUUAAGAAGAUAUAUUGGUAUUUAAAUAAUACAGUUGUACUUCAUAACACUAAUAGACGAAAAUGACAUCUGCAGAAUCAAAUUUGUCUAUUGGUUCAAAUUGUGAAUUCAGUGAUGUAGAUUCCAUAAAUUGUAAAAAACAAAAUCAAUUUGAUGUAGAAGAAAAGGUAUUUUUGUGUAACGAUUGUGAUUAUAAAUGUACAUCUUCUCAAUCUCUAAAAGUUCAUAUGAUGAGGCAUACCGGUGAAAAACCUUAUGUCUGUACUGAGUGUGAUUAUGCUAGUAUCACUAGUAGUUCUUUGAAAAUUCACAUGAUGAGACAUACCGGGGAAAAACCAUAUAAGUGUAAAUUGUGCAGUUAUAAGUGCAGAACAUCACAGUCUCUAAAAAUCCAUAAAAUGUUGCAUACUGGUGAAAAACCAUUUCAAUGUACAUUGUGUGAUUACAGUUGUUCCAGGACUCAACUUUUAAAGAACCACAUGUUAUCACAUUCUGAAGAAAAACCUUUUUCUUGUGAGCAUUGUGACUACAAAUGUAAAACCAACAAGGCAUUAAAAAUUCAUAUGUAUACACACAACGGAAUAAAACCUUACGUCUGUCAUGAUUGCAGUUAUCGUUGUACAUCUUCCCAAAGUUUAAAAACACAUAGAAUGAAGCAUACUGGAGAAAAGCCUUAUACAUGCUCAUAUUGUGAAUAUAGAUGUACAACUUCGCAUUCACUUAAAACCCAUAUGAUGGUACAUACCGGUGAAAAACCUCAUGUGUGCAUGUAUUGUGAUUACAGAAGUAUAUCAUCUCAAUAUAUGAAAACACACAUUUUGAGACAUACAGGAGAAAAGCCGUUUUCAUGUUUGCAGUGUAAUUAUAGAUGCAUUUCUUCCCAGUCUUUACGCAGUCAUAUGAUGACCCAUACAGAUGAGAAACGUUUUGCAUGCACUUUAUGCGAUUACAAAUGUAAAGUUGCUCAAUCUUUAAAAACCCAUUUGAUGACGCAUACAGGUGAAAAGCCUUAUUCAUGUUCGGAAUGUGACUACAAAUGCAUAUCAGCGCAAGGUUUGAAAAGCCAUAAAAAAUCAAAACAUGUUGAUAGAAAACCAUUGUUAUGCAGCAAAUGUCCUUAUGCAUGUACAAGUCAACUAAGAAUGAAGUCCCACAUGUUGAAGCACACCGGAACAAAGCCAUUUGUCUGUUCUCAAUGUGAUUUCAAAACCAUGUUUAUAAAAUCAUGGCAAAAACAUACCAUGCUUCAUAAAAAUGGGGAGAAACCAUAUGCUUGUACUGAGUGUGAUUACACUAGUGCAACAAGAUAUCAACUUCAAUCGCACUUAUUAGUACAUUCUAAUCAUAAACCUUUUUCGUGCCCUCUCUGUGAAUAUAAAUGCAAAACUAGCCAUUCUUUGAAAAUUCACAUGGUUGUGCAUACCGGUGAAAAGCCUUAUAACUGUUCAUACUGUGAUUACCGAGGAACAACUUCUCAGGCUUUAAAAAUUCACACAAUGACACACACAGGAGAAAAACCUUAUGGUUGUAAUGUAUGCAGCUACAGAACUAGGUCAUCCAACUCCCUCAAAUCACACAUGAGAACUCAUACAGGAGAGAAGCCUUAUACCUGUACUGAAUGUAGUUACCGAACUUCUACAGCACAGGGAUUAAAGUCUCACAUAAUGACUCACACAGGGGAAAAACCCUAUGCCUGUGCAGAAUGUGGCAACCGUUUUACAACUUCAAAUUCUCUUAAAAUUCAUAUUUUCACCCAUACUGGAGAAAAACCUUUCACUUGUGAUGAAUGUGAUUACAAGACAACAUCUUCACAAUCUUUAAAAACUCACAUGCUGACCCACACCGGAGAAAAACCUUUUGCUUGCACAGAAUGUGACUAUAGAUGUGCAGCAUCUCAAGCUUUAAAGAGACAUAUGAGGAAACACACAGGAGAAAAACCGUUUGCUUGCUCAGAAUGUGAGUACCGGGGAACAAAUGCACAAUAUUUAAAAAUUCACAGAAUGAUUCAUACAGGUGAAAAGCCUUAUGCUUGCCAGGAAUGUAAUUAUAGAUGUUCUACUUCUUAUACACUAAAAAAGCAUAUAAUGAUACACACAGGAGAAAAGCCUUUCCUUUGUUCUGAAUGUGAUUACUCAUGCACUUCAUCUCAAUCGCUGAAAAUUCAUCGAAUGACUCAUACAGGAGAAAAGCCGUUUUCAUGUACAAAAUGUACUUAUACAUGUACAACUUCCCAAAGUUUGAAAAGUCAUAUGGGUAUUCAUUCUGACGAAAAACCGUAUGUCUGUUUGGAAUGUGGCUAUAAAUGUAGAUUACUGAAAAGUCUGAAAGUUCAUAUAAAAACCCACAAGGGAGAAAAACCAUAUACUUGUGAAGAGUGUGACUACACAUGUGCUGUUUCUUAUGUUAUGAAAAUGCAUAUGAUGACUCAUACUGGAGAAAAACCUCAUGCUUGCCCUAAAUGUGAUUAUAAAACCUCUGUCAGAUACUCGUUGAAAUUACAUAUGAUGAUACAUACAGGUGAAAAGCCGUAUGCUUGUACUGAAUGUGAUUAUAAAAGCAGAUUUCCACAAUCCAUAAGAAGACACAAAUCAAUAAAACACCCUGAGUUAAAGCCUUUUAUGUGUGUUGAGUGUGGUUAUAAAUGUUCUUAUGCCCAUGCAUUGAAAAGGCAUUUGUGGUCUCAUUCGUCAUAUAAACCUUACUCAUGUACUGAAUGCGGUUACACAUGUUCCAUAGCUAAAAGUUUAAUUCGUCAUAUUCAGACUCAUGAUAUUGAUAAUUAUUUAUGUACAGAGUGUGAUUUUGAAGGGAAAUCUAAGGAACAUUUAAAACAACACAUAAAAGAACAUAACAAUUUUCUCUCCUGCGCUGUAUGUGAUUUUAAAAGUUCACGAAAAUUUAUUAUGAAAAAACAUAUGUUAUCACACAAACUUGACAAUCCAUUUAUGUGUAUGGAAUGUGAUUACCAGUCAUUUGAAAAAGAGAGUCUAAAGAACCAUUUAAAAAGUGUUCAUCCAAGGGAAAAAUCAAUUUCUUGUGUUUUUGGUGACACACAACCCUCUUCAACGGAGAAAAAUUUACCAGAGCAUUCAGAUCAGAUUACAUAAAAUAUCUUUAUCAGGUUUUCACACCAUAAAGAUUUUUUUUGUUAUUGUUUUAGUAAAAGUGCCAUUUGGAGAGUUUAGAGUAAAAAAUAUUACACAUAAACAAGAAAUGGAAAGUAAAAAAAAAAUGUAUAAAUAUGUAUGUAUUGCUUAACUUAGGAUCUUGUUUAGAAUACCAAUUCUAUGUGCUAAAACUUGUGUUCAUGUUUAUGUCUGUUCUCAUAUUGGGUUAUUGCACACAUUUUGCUAUUCUAAUUUUUUGUUUUAAGGCUUAAUUCUCUGUUUGUUGUUAGACUGAUUAGCUUUGUAUACUAUAUUGUGAUAAGUUCACUGAAACUAGGGUUGUUACUUAAAUUUUAAGUGUUACAAAAUAUGAUAUGUAUAAUCAACUGUUUUUAUCUAUAACUAAUUUUAAGAAAGAUAUGGAAUAUUCUGGUCACGAAAGAUAUGGAAUAUUCUGGUCGAUAAGACGUCUGGAAAUCGACUAAGUAAACAGACUUAUAUUUAUAUCAAUUUUUAUUUUAUUGUACUUAAUUUUUUUUUGUAUAUUAUAUAUACUUUUCAAUAUGAAAA